AUGGAGAAUGCAAGGGGAAAUGAUAUAAGUGAAUCUUCCGAGGCCCAAAUGAACAAAAUGGAACAAAUGCUUGCGGCUUUGACUGAAGCCAUGACGCAGCAAUUGAGACAACAACCUUUACCUCAUCUGCCUCCGCCAAUGCUAGUUGAACCGGACAAUAGUGACAUCAUCAAUUUGACUCAAAAAUUUAUGAAAAUGAAACCGCUGACCUUCUUGGGUGGCAUUGAACCAUUGAAGGCAGAAACCUGGUUGCUAGAAAUGGAAAAGUUAUUUGAAGUAUUCCCUUGCUCCGCAACUCAAAAAGUACUCUUGGCUACCUACACUCUAAAGGAUGAAGCUCAGAGAUGGUGGCUGUUGGUCCAAAACAAUAAUGGGGACAUAACAUGGGCUCAAUUUAAUGAGAUAUUCUACAACAAAUACUUUCUGCAAUGCUUCAGAGACCGAAAAGUGUCAAAAUUCCAAGAACUCAAACAAUGUAGGAUGUCAGUGACCAAAUAUGAGGCCAAGUGUAUUGAAUUAGCUCGUUUUUCCUUACACAUGGUGGGCACUGAUUAUAAGAAAGCACAAAAGUUCGAGGAAGGACUAGACCUGGAAAUAUUUGAUCGAGUAGCCGUCUUUAAAUUGCCUACUUAUGUGGAAGUGCUUGAUAGGGCAUUGAUGGCAGAGGCCAUAAUAACAGCCAAGAAACAGGCUACAACUCCAACAACUGAAUGGAGAG